AUGGCUCGUUUCACUCUGUCUUUCCUGGCUGUUUACUUCGCCCUGGUGGCGUUCGCCAUGGCUCUGCCUGCCUUUCCCGCGCUUGACAAUGGCCUGGGUCUCGCGAGCACCCUUUCUUCUGUGCCAGUCGUUGGGUCCUUGGCCAGUGACAUGAACAAGAAGCCCGCUGCCGACAAGCAGAAGCAGGCUCAGGAACAGGAGGCUACCCGCGAGGCAGCAAAGCAAAAAUCACAGGAGAAAGUCGACCAGAAGCAAAACCCAGUUGCGGCCAUGUCAGAGCCCACACGAACUGAGAAGGGUCUUUAUUCUGGAAACUUUGUGACCCCCAGUUCCACACCCAGUGCCCAUGCUGGCUCUCAGCCCAACGCCCUGGGCGGUGUUCCUGUUCUUGGUAGCCUCCUUGGUGGCACUGGCGGUCCUCUGUAG